AUGUCCACGUGGAAAGCCAGGCUCACCCAGAGGCUGAAGGCCCCGUCUGGAAGGAUGCACCCGUUCCCCUGCUCCGCGCUGCUGGAUUGCUUUGGCAGCACGCGGGAGCCUGCGCCCUUUGAUCAGCCCAGCGCUGCGGAGGCCCAUGCCACCAUCUACGCCCAGCCCAAGGUCAGAGAGAGCGGACGCGCAGAAGCUGCGGUGAAAAGGCGAGAAUCUGGCACCUCUGCUAAGCGAAACGGCCCUGCAAAGCGGAACUCAAUCAACCACCCUGCUGUCCAGCCUGCAGAGGCCCCGGAGGGUGGGCCUGGGACCCUGGAGGAUGAGCCCGCCCUCCAAGCAGUUACUCUUCAGAUGUCCAUCCCCAGACCAUCAAUUAUCGACAGGCCAGAGGAAGAAGAAUUCCAAGAAGAAUCUAAGUGCCCCAAGGUGGAGCAGAAGACGCCAGCAGACAGCCUGCCUGAGAACAGUGACCCAAAGGAUUCACCCCUCAUUCCAGGACACACCAUGGCCGAGCCGGACUAUGUGGAUGCCGACAAUCCCGAGCUGAUCAGGCCCCAGAAGCUGGUCAACCCUGUUAAGACAUCCCGGAAUCAUCAAGAUCUCCACAGAGAGCUGCUGAUGAAUCAAAAGAGGGGUCUUGCUCCUCAGAAUAAGCCAGAAUUGCAAAAAGUGAUGGAAAAGAGAAAGCGGGACCAAGUCAUAAAGCAGAAGGAAGAGGAAGCACAAAAGAAGAAGUCUGACUUAGAAAUCGAACUAUUAAAGAGACAGCAGAAGUUGGAGCAGCUUGAACUUGAGAAGCAGAAAUUGCAAGAAGAGCAAGAAAAUGCACCAGAGUUUGUGAAGGUGAAAGGCAAUCUCAGGAGAACAGGCCAGGAAGUGCCUCAAGCCCAGGAGUCCUAGACCAAGGCUGCCCAGAAGCCUGAUAUACAUCCCACCAUUUAUUGCAACAGUUGUGUCUGGGUGCUUUUCAGCUCUGGUCUCAGGGCCAGAGCCCCCAGAGAGAACUGCAGCCAGCUAAGAAGUUUGCCUGGAGAGGGGAUUUAUGUGAUUUUCCUGCAGUCUGGGUGGGUGAAUUGUCUAGGACAGUUGCAGUUCCCAUUCGCCAAAUGAAGGACAUUGACCAGCACUUAAGUUGGAAUAAUGGAUCUGCAUUCAGAGACUUUAAGCAGAACAAAACAGAACAAAACAAGAAGAAAAGGGAAGAGGACACUGGAAUUAAUCCUUGAGAGUUGCACUACUCAGUUUUUCUUCCAAUCCAAAUUUUGUAGGGAAUGGUAACUUUUUAUUUCAAAAGCUAAAGGAAAGAUGUUUAAUUCUUCCCUUGGUUAUCUGUUAGACAACUUAGAUUGCACAGAAAUAUAUUUAAUCUGUUAUAUCCAGUACUGGUAAAUUUCGAAAAUCCAAAAUUUUCUUGUUUAAUUUAAACUUUCACUCACAUUAGAAUUAGUAGCAGGGACAGUUGGUUUUGGUGUUGAGCACAGCAAUUACCUUUGUUGGCACUAAAGUCCAGAAAUAAGGUCAGAAGGGUUAGGAAUAUGUAAGGCUCCAUCUUCCUGCCUCUUGGCUGUCUGUGUGGUGGUGUGGAUGCCGUGGCAUUCUACAUCCAAGAAGGCACCUUACGCAGGUUCAUGUAUCACUGUGAUGAGCACUGGGCUUCUCUGUAGUUUCGCUCUUAAACUUUGUGCUGAGGUAGUCCUUCUAGAUGAGGCAAUUCCUUGGUCCUUUGGAAAGUGGAAAUCGUGUAUAUAACCCAGCUUCAGUUUCAGAAGUACAGGGUCCAGAAUCUUUUAAUCUCUCCAGAGAGUGGUAUAGGGGGAUGUUCAUGAGGAAGAUUUUACAUUGUUUGUACAUUUUGGUAUCAUUAGAAUCAAACUUUGGUAAUUUCUGAUUAAUAGUCACAUAUUUCUUUACUAUUUUUUCCCUUGUGUAGAAAGACUUCUGCCACCCUCUCAGCCUAGUGCUGUCAAGAGGGGUGAUGUUGAUGACUACUGUAUUAUUGCAUCUCUCAGGAAAGCCACGCAGCAGCAUGGGCCAGCUUGGUCUCUCAUGCGUGCUAAUUCAUGUGCUCCUCAGUGGACAUCCAAGUUACAAGAACAGCACAGUUCUCAUGCAAAAGUAAUUAUAUACUGCUGGCAUAUAAUGCUUGUGGAUUUCGUGCAGAGACAGCUCAGCCAGUAACUUUUACAUUAAGGACUGUUCUUAUACUUCCUCCAAUGAUAAUAGAAGUUGGGUCUGGGCUUUGCGGCCCUUCAUCACCACAGUAGACAUUAGCUUUCUGUGUGAGUGCUUUAGUUUUAGCAGCUGACAGGCCCCUAUUCAAUCCUAAUGUGAACAAGAUAGAAGUGGAGACUGAUACACAACUAGAGAAAUGUGUUAGUUGAUUACACCUGAAAUGGAUCAUUCACCUCAUCAGCAAGUAUUAUUUGAAUAAAAUACAUGAUGCUUAGCUUAAAAUACUGCUCUAUAAUAGUUUCCUUUCAAAGAUGAGUGGUGACUCUCUUUUUCACCAUUCUUUGAGAGAAGAAAGUGUGGUAACUGAGGAUCUUGAAAGAACGUUCUGAUUGCACGUUCGUUCAGAGCUUUUCCUUAUUAUGUAUGUGGACUGAUAAUGUGGUUGAUAAAGUGGAAAUUUGGCCUGGAUCAAAUUGCUUUCUCUAACUGGACUUAGAUCUGUGUCCUUGAAGGGAUUCUACCACUUGACGAAAUUCUCAAGGGCCCUGUGAAGCCCCUAGAGAAGGAUGAAUUCUGUUCCUAAAACUUGUGUAGAAUUCAUUCAUCACUGGGAAAAAGUCAUUUAGAAAUUUAGAAAGCAUUUAGAAUUUAGAAAGCAUUCUUUCCUACUCAUAGACAGAUUUGUAGAAUUAUUUGUAGUAAUACACAAGAUCCAGCCAAAAGAAGACUUGUAAAUAGUGCAAAGUGAUGGACCGUGCUGAAUAGCAGAGGUACUGGUUGUGAUGUUCUUUAAAGUCUGGUCAGAUGGUUCCCAGGCUGAAGCCUCCCAGGUGGUCAUUCUGUCCUCAACACUGUCUUGCCCAGACCUGUGGACUUGGGAACAUCUGCAGAGUCCUGGGCUUGGAGCCACUUUUUUCCACAAAAAUGGCUCCAUUUUUCCUCUCUGGUUUUCUUAAAAUAGUUGAGUGUUUUAUAGUCUCCUGGUAGUAAAGUAGUAUUGCUUUAUAAGCUAUAACAGUUGACUUUAUUCUUCUACUCUGGAAAAUCUUGCCUUGUUUGAGUGUAUAUAAUAUAUAUAAAGGGAGCCUUAAUGGAUUUGUUUUCAUAAUUUAAUAUUUUUUGUAUUUGCUCUUGUAUAAUUGUUUUUAAUGGAAAGAAUUACAGAAUUGAGGGUGGAAUUCUUAGAACCAAAGUUAUUCUUAAUAAAAAUCACCACAUGCUUGGACCAUG